AUGAACAAGACACCCAACAGCAGCCCAAGUGCGAUUGCCGCAACUGUAGCAUCAGGGAUCCGGUCUGUUUUUGCAUACUCUCCUACAUUACGGAUAGCGACGUGGAAGCCUUCCUUAACACUGGACGAUUCCGUCUUGCCUGAAUGGGUACUGAACCAGGUUCAAGAGCUCGCAACGUUGGCACCCUUCGGCGACGGUCGUGUGCAGUUUGGAUUAGGCUUUGACGGAUACUUUCUCCCGAAAGAAGACGUGGUGAAUCUAUUCAAUCGGUGCCGACAAGCUGGAACGAAGCUUAUCACUUCGCACUACACGCGUAAUAUUAUUCUCGGUACGGAUUCAAUCAUAGAACUUCUAGAUUCCUACGGGCUCCUCGGACCCGACGUUAUCAUCUCCCACUCCACGAACCUAACCGCAGCGGAUGUAGCCAAACUGAACAAGACGGGAGCAUCCAUCGCCUGCGCACCGGAAGUGGAGAUACAAAUGGCAUUCGGAAAUCCCGUCUGUUUCCAAAAGGAAAUAAAACAUCUCUGCUCCCUCGGCAUAGACAGCCACAGCAUCAACUCAGCAAGUCUCAUCUCUCAAAUGCGAAUAUGUCUCCAAGCCGAACGAGGCCGACGAAACACCCUUCUAAGCAACCGGAACAAAGUGAUGAAAACUUUAAACACAUCUGUCCACGACGUCUUCCGGCUGGGUACCAUCCAGGGAGCCCGCGCGAUGAACAUGCAGGACGAGAUCGGGUCCCUAGCCGACGGCAAACUGGCGGACAUAGUUAUCUUCGACGCCCACAGUCCGGCAAUGAUAUGUGCCGUCGAGGAGGAUCCCGUGGCAGCCAUCGUCUUACAUUCGUCCGUCAGGGACAUCGAUACCGUCAUUAUUGACGGGGUCAUUAGAAAGCGUGCCGGCAGACUCCUACCUGUUACCGUUGUCGGUGAGUUCAUGGAUCUGAGCCUUGAUCUGGGAGGUACGCCAAGGCAUAUGGAGUGGUCUGAGAUCGCUGCUGAAUUGCUUAAGAGCAAAGAGAGGAUCAAUGAACGGGCAGUGCAGAAUGGGGCUGUUGAUUCUCCUCAGUUGCUGGAGGAAACCAUUGAUAUUUUUCAGGUUCCAAGGGAGCUUAUCAUUUGA